GGGGGCUGCGCGCCUGGGCCUCGCUCCGCAGAGCGGAGAGCCCGGCUGGGCGGCGGAGGGGAGCGGGGCUCGGGGAGUCCCGGAAGGCUGGUUUAAAAUCCCAUGUCUCUGCCCUCCGCCUCCAAGGCCCUUCAUGCAGCGGCGCCUCCCAUUAGCAGAACUGCCUGCUCGCCUGCUGCCAUGGCUUCAAGGUCACCUUCCCUGCAGGCAGAGAGCAGAGCAGAGGGGCUGCAGCCAGCUGAGCGUCGCCCGAAGAAGAAAGCCAACAGUGUGCGUCUUUCUGCACCCAACCGCCGUGCCCUGGUACUUGCCAACCUGCUGCUGCUCCUGCCUCGUUGCCCAGGUUCUCAAGCGACCAGUUUAACCAAAAAUAGCCUGAAUCCCAACAGUUCUUUGUGGGAUCUGGAUUAUGAAGGACUAUUUCACGGUAAGAAAAUUCUCCCAGGGACUCCUGGCUCAUAUAAACUCUCCAGCCUUCUUAGAAGUAAUGCUCUUGUAAGUCAUGAGGAAAGAAGAAGGUUGGUAACAAAUCAGAACCUGACUCAGAAAUCAAAGGAAGAGCGGUUAUCCUGUGACACGCUCCUUAAGCUUUACAGAUACGUUUUUAUGGAUGCCUUUGGACCUAAGCUUGCUUGGAGUAUAUUUCGAUUUCAUAAGUGUGAUAAGGAAGUCAACCCACCCAAAAUUCAGAUCAACCCUCUCAAGCUGCUGCAAACUAAACUGAAGCCACUGUUGUUAUACCGGGUGCUUAAGGUCCUCAGGGAUAUGGGAGUAUUGGCUGAGGCCCAGCAAUCCAAAGCCUUCUCACUGCUAAAGAAGCAAAUGCUUAAAACAAGGAGAAUGUUGUUUAAGUCUGAAGUGAAACAAAGUGAAUGAACCUUUUAGUUGAAGGUGAAUAUGACAGUCAGGGGAUGCAACGGACAUUUGGAUAAAUGCCUAUGGAAAAUAAGUUCUAGUUCUCUUUUACCUGAAAUUCUGCACAUUUAUGACAGGCGAAUUCAGACUCCAGAGAUCUCCAAACAAUUUAAUUGGCCCUGUCCCCUAUGUCAGAAGAAAUCUUGCCCCAGAAUAAAGUUCAGAGGCAACAGAUUGAAACAGUGAGACCAGAUGAUGGCACAUGAAUGUAUCUCCCUUCCCUUAUUGUUCACGAUCAGCAGCACUUAUGGCUUUGCACAGUGGGCUCCUCUUUAGCCUUGGCUCUUUGUGGUAUCUGUGGCUGGUAGAUUUGCCUCCUCACUUCCAGCUCUCCCUCUCCUCUGGAUUGAGGUUUUUUAAAUGGUUAGUGAAGGAUUUGAUGAAGGAAUGAAUUAGCUCAGUGGCCACAAAUCUGUGCUCUAAUAUAUUUACACAUUGCCUGGCAGAAUCUUUGGUCUUUCGUGCUGCAUUUAACAGCAUAAGGAAUACUGAUAACUUUGAUUAAGAAAAAAAAUGGAAUCUGAAAUGAACUUUCUACUCCAGUGUAAAGACUACUGCAGUCAAUGGCAGCAGAUCAUUUAAGAGCAAGGGACCUGAUCCAAAGCCCAUUGGAUCAGGCCCAAGACUUGUUGGAAUAACCCCUGAAGGUAUUUUCUACAGCAUUACAGUGACUGUUGUGGGACAGAUGACCUCUCCAUGGGUAUCUCAGUCUCAGACCAGUGGUAUCCUACCUCCUGUGAUUUUCAUGCAUUCUUGUUCUUAGUCCUCCCCAUUGGAGUUCUUUAAACAAAAAGUCAUUCCCAGCUGCCCUCCGGCUACACAUCUCAGAGAAAAGGGUGAGGCUGAUUUAAUUAGACUGAUUUUGCAAGAUUAACUGACAAAGGAAGAACUCUCUGUAAGCUCCAAAA